UUUUCAUCCCGCGGCGGUCAUGGUCUUUGAAGUUGAGCAGUGUAUUAUGUAAAUGGCUGCAUUGUGGCACAUUGUUUAUGGAGUGUUUCGCUACUGCCGGAGGAGGCGGAAACAGCUACUGUUGUGCAUUCAAGCUGCAGUUCUAUUUCUGAUUUGGAAGUGGGCCUUUAGGACAUUAGAAAGAUCUCCCUCACUCUUUGAAGAUGGAGCUGUGGAGAACAAAAACAAUCCACUACUUAGCAGCAUGCAUUUUCCACGGUUCUCUGACAUCAAGGUGGAGCAUGUUAUCCCAGCCAUCAUGCUGGCAGCGGAAAGAUUUCAGAGUGGACUAGAAAGGCAUGUAGAGUGGUUGAAAUCAAGCAAGCUUGCUGAGCGUACUUGGAAGACUGUGGUUGAGCCUUUGGAAGUUCUAGAAUUCCCAUUUGGCUACACCUGGAAUAUAGUGAGUCAUAUAUACAGUGUGAAAAACUCUCCUUCUUUAAGAAGUGCUUAUCAACAGGUACAGCCAGUUCAAGUGAAUCUUAAGAAUAACUUUUCUCAGAGCCUACCUAUCUACAGUGCCUUCAAGGAGUUGAGUUCCAGUCAGGCUUUGGAUGGAGUUCAGAGUCGAAUAAUCCAGACUUUCCUGCUUUCAGCACAGCAUGGAGGUGUAGAGUUGCAAGGAGACUCAAAGAAAAGAUUUAAUCAUAUCCAUUUACAGCUGGCUAAUCUUACCACAAAGUUCAGAAACAAUAUACUGGAUGCUACUAAGGCAUUUUCACUUCUGCUGACCAACAUCUCGAGCGUUAAGGGACUACCAGAGACAGCACGACAAUUAUUGGCAGAUAAUGCAGUGCUUGGAACUGAUCAAAGAUCAGACCCAGAUCAUGGACCUUGGAAGGUGACACUGGAUGACCCUAGUUACUAUCCAGUAAUGAAAUACAGUAAUGAUAGAGCUCUUCGCAAAAUGCUGUUCCAUGCCAGAAUUAGCCGUGCUGGUUCUGGUGAGUUUGAUAAUAGUGGCAUUAUUGAAGAGAUUCGAAAACUCAGGCAGGAAAUUGCGGAGAUCUUAGGAUAUAGAAAUUAUGCUGAAGUCUCUGUUGUAUCCAAAAUGGCCCAGCGUGUCCCAGCUGUAUGGAACCUUCUCAGAUUCCUUCGUAACCACAGCUAUACAGUAGCACAACAAGAGCUGGUAGGACUGAAAGAGUUUGCAAAGACCAGUGGAUUCACAGAAGAGCUGGAGCACUGGGAUGUGAUGUACUGGACUGAAAAGCAGCAGAAGGCCUUGUUCAAUCUGACUGAGGAUCAAGUUCGCCCGUACUUCCCCUUUGAGCAUGUUUUGUCAGGACUGUUUCAACUAAGCUCAGAUCUCUUUGGCAUAAAAAUCGUGCCUGCAGAUGGUGCUGCUGAGGUGUGGGACCCUGCAGUGAGAUUCUUCAACAUUUAUGAUGAAAAAGAAACUCACAUUGCUUCAUUCUAUCUGGACCCUUACUCUCGUCCACAUGAAAAGAGCAGUGGUGCCUGGAUGCUUGACUUCAUCUCCAGGAGCAGACAAUUGAAGAACAUACCUGUGGCAAUACUUGUUUGUAACCAGAUUCCGCCUGUUGGGUCAAAACCAUCACUGAUGUCCUUUGCUGAAGUUUCCACAUUGUUUCAUGAGUUUGGCCAUGGGCUACAACACAUGUUGACUACGGUACCACAUGCAGCUGCCUCUGGAACCAAUAACAUUGAAUGGGAUGCUGUGGAAGUAGCCUCUCAGUUUAUGGAAAAUUGGCUGUAUGAUCAUCGCACUGUUAUGAGCAUCAGUGGACAUUUCCAGACAGGGGAAUCCCUGCCUCUGCACAUGUUUGAACAGAUUCUUCGAGCUCGCUAUUUUCAUGGUGGAUCAGCCAUGCUGGGCCAGCUGUAUCUGGCCGCCCUGGACAUGGAACUGCAUACCAGCCCUGACCCAUGGAUAACAGUAAAGAAACGAAUCACUGAUCAGUUUUCCAUUCUAAAGCCCCCAUCAGAGGACCGUUUUCCAUGCACGUUUCAGCACAUAUUUGGUGGAGAUUCCUAUGCUGCCGGGUACUAUUCUUACAAAUGGGCAGAGGUGCUGGCCCAGGAUCUUUUUGGUGCCUUUGAAGAGGCUGGGCUACAAAACAGAGAGAAGAUGUCUGCACUUGGACACAGGUACCGAGAAACUGUGCUUAGUUUAGGUGGUGGAACUCCUCCUCAGGAAGUUUUCAGGAUGUUCAGAGGUCGUGAUCCUUCUGCUGAAGUACUUCUUCGCUCAUAUGGACUUUUAUGACAGCAGACAUACUGGUUUCCAGGAGAAAUUAAGUGCAUCAGUCACAUAUGGUGAAAAUCUCUCUUGUAGCUUCCAUCCAUCACUGCUACAAAUCAACUCAGGGAGACUGAAAGAAGAACUGUCUAAGGAUCAUGCAAAAUCUUUCUUCUCCUUGGCCAUAAAUGACACACUUUCUGCAGAAAUUUUGAAAUGUUCUUUGUCAUUGAUACACUAGAAUGUAAUAUAGAACCUUGUCAGCAUUAAAGAACCUUGUAGCUCCUGAAUAGUUUGAUAAAAAGCAUAUAUAUGGUUCUGGGCCACUGGAUCAUACAUUGCAUAAAUUACAUUUAAUUAUGCUAUCCUCCCAAGGUUUAAAAACAAAACUAUUCUUAAUGAAAUUCUAUUAAAUUCAUUUUUUUGUUUGCA